AAAAGCACUCCCGGGGCUUUCACAUCAGUUCGUGCCAUUCUUUGGUAGAAAGCUAUAACAGUUCAAUAUGAAAUUGAUCAUAGCAGUGAUCACGAUCAGCGUCGCCGUUGUGGCCUGCGGAACGUGGGUACCGGGAGGUGAAAAACCUGUCAAAUAUGUUGCCGACAAGGACUUCCUCAUGAAGCAGAAAUUCUUCUUCGAAAUUCUCCGAAAUAUUCAUAUUCCGCUGCAAUAUGAAGAAUACAUGAUGUAUACCAAGAGCUGGGUUGAGGACAAGGCUAUGUACAAGAAUUACGAAAUCGUGGAAGAAUUCUUCAACAUGUACAAAAUGGGCAUGUUCCUAGACAAGGGCGAAGUUUUCACCGUCUACAACAAAUACUUCAUGAAGCAAACCUACAUGCUCUUCUCGUUCCUGUACAACUCACUGGACUGGGACACAUACUACAAGAAUGUAAUAUGGGCUCGAGAAAACAUAAACGAAGGCAUGUUCAUCUAUGCUGUCACACUCACAGUAAUGCACCGCAUGGAGCUACAAGGAAUGGUUCUUCCGGCCAUCUACGAAAUCUACCCGUACUACUUCUUCAACACUGACAUGAUCCGAUCCGCUACCUACCGCAAGAUGUACGACCCCAAGUUCGGAUUCUAUGGCAGUGGAAAGUACAACGUCGUGUAUUCAAACUACACAAUGACCUAUCCAUGGGAAGUUUCCGUCGCCGAGAAAGACUACGUGGUAGAUUAUAAGACGAUGGAUUACUACUAUGGAGAUGUCGGUCUGAAUUCGUUCUAUUACUACUUUAUGAUGGAUUAUCCGUUCUUCUUGAACAAUGAUAAAUUCGACUUCAUGAAGGAACGCAGUGGUGAGCUUUAUUUGUACAUGCACCAACAGCUGUUGGCCCGAUACAAUUUGGAACGAUUCUCAAAUUACAUGUACCCGGUGAUGGGUUUGAGUUGGAAAUUCCCCCUAAAAAUGGGAUACUUCUCACUGCUGAGCUACUGGAACGGUAUGCCAUUCAAGAGCAGAGAUUACAACUAUUUGAUUAGCGAUGAGCAUUAUUACAAGCUGGACUGGAUCAAGGAUUGGGAGACGCGAGUGCGUAAGAUGAUCGACGAUGGAUAUUACAUGAUGGACGAUGGUACCAAGAUCGAUAUGCGCAAGUGGUACAACAUCGACUUCCUCGGAAGAAUGAUGAACUGUAUGGAUGUACAUAUGGACUACAAGAUGUGCAAGUUCGGCUUCAUCGAAAUGAUGUCGCGCACUUUGCUCAGCGGAAUGGACUUUAUGUCAAUGAAGUCGUGGCCUUCGGCAUUGAUGCACUUCGAGACUUCGCUGCGUGACCCAAUGUUCUACUCAAUGUGGAACCGGCUUCUAGACUUUUACUAUCUGUUCAAGAGCUAUCUUCCGUACUACACUUUCAAUGAGCUCAACUUUAAAGGCGUUGUCAUCAAGGAUGUUGUCAUCGAUAAACUGCUUACCUACUUCGAAUAUUUCGAUUCGGACAUCUCCAACGUUGUACCAAUGACCGACGUUAAAAAAUAUUGGGAUUUCUCAGUUCUUGGCCGCACGAUGCGCUUGAAUCACAAACCCUUCAGCUACAGUUUGGAUGUUAUGUCUGAAUACGCUGGAAAAGGUGUACUUCGUGUUUUCCUAGGACCGAAGUUCGAUAAGAUGAUGGAACUGGAUUACUAUAAGAAGUUCUUUGUUGAGAUCGAUCAAUACGUGGUAGAUUUGAUUGUGGGUAAGAACACUUUCGUGCGCAACUCUCGCGACUUCUUCUGGAGCGUUAAGGACCGCACCAGCUAUGUUGAGCUUUACAAGAAGAUGAUGAUGGCCUUCGACGGUAAGGAGGAGUUUGUGCUGGACAUGUCCGAGGCUCACUGUGGAUUCCCCGAUCGAAUGAUACUGCCGAAGGGCUGGGCUAGCGGCAUGAAGAUGCAGUUCUAUUUCGUCAUCACGCCGUACACGAUGAUGAAACCCACGGACAGCAUGGUAUUCGACAAGGCGUACAUGUGCGGUGGCUUCAAGUAUGUCGACAAACUGCCAAUGGGCUUCCCAUUCGAUCGCGAAAUCAACUACACCUACUGGUACACCAAGAAUAUGCUCUUCAAGGACGUGUGGAUCUACCACAAGGACGAUGUGAACAAGACGUACUAAUCAAUAAGUUAGAUGCCACAUUGAUUGCACAAUUUCUAACGUUUGUCUUUAUAUUGGAGUGUUCUAAGAUAGAUUGAAUAAAUGUUGUACCUAGAAAAAAAACUUAAA